AUGGUUGAAAAUGGUUCCAGUUGCAACUUUUCGAAACUUGUUGAUUUCCCGGAAAACAACCUACCCUUCACCUACUCCUGGUUAAUUCGAGAUUUUCAAGAACUCUACGCAAAAAUGAAACGGGGUGAGUCUGUAUAUAGCGAAACAUUUGGUUCGCCGGCCUCAUCUCCUCCAUUUCAUCAGCACAACACAUUCGUAUCUAAUCACUUCAAAUGGAAGUUAAAACUCUAUCCUCGUGGUUUUUUGGAAGACACGUACAUUUCGUUGUAUCUUCUUCCGGAAAUAGCAAAACUCGAAACUCAACGCGGCUUAAAAUCAAGAUCUUCGAGUUAUCAAUUUGACAUCUUCAGCCUUGACGAUGUAGAAAUCAGGGGGUCGUACGUGUUGAAGAAGCUGGAAUGUAUGCAAAAAUGUAUCAGGCAUGAUUUUAAGCUGGAUAUUUUGAGGGAAAAGGGUUUGGAUAAAUUCUGCAAGCUUGACCAAAUUUUUCCUGACAAUGAUAAAACUCGUAAAAUCGAUUUAGUUAUUCGCGUGCAAUUUGCCGACAUUCCGAAAGAUGUUAUUGAUAUUAUCGAUAUUCAACCAUCCGGCAACCGUGUUUAUGAUGAUCUCCUAUUUUCACCGUCACUGGAGAAAUAUUUGCGCAACGAAGCCUUUAGCGAUGUUACUUUCACCUUUAACUGCG